UUCAACUCGAGUGAUCCGCUUUUGUAGUCUGGAGACCUUAGCCAAACACGGCAAAACGAAGAUAUCUUCAACUCAAAACAGUUUCGCCGCUUUGUUGAUUAUAGUGUGACCGCCAGGGAGUUGUGUUGGCGAGGAGGCCAGCCAGAUCUACACGGAGAACCAAGAGCGACGAAGGCCGGACAACUGACAGCGGACAGCACGCCUCAGACCUGCCCAACGCCCGGCUGCUGCUGCGGGACUUAAAGAGAAGAAUAGCUUCCCGCCCGGCCCCGCCCCGCCCCCCACUGCUGCUCUUCUGGAAGGCCGGUCGCGAACACUUUCUCGCUCCGCCUCUUCGAUUUGUUUCCCGCAAUAACGCGCCCGCGGCAAGAUGGAACUACAGUGUGACAUUUGCUUUGCCGACUUCAACCUGGACCGUAACAGACCCAAAGUCUUACCCUGCGGACACACCAUUUGCGCAGAAUGUGUGGACAAUCCAGGCUUGGGGAGAAAGUGCCCAACUUGCAGGAAGGACCUGGAGGUCGACCAAGAUGACCUCAUAGACAACAUCUACGUGAUUCAGCUGAUCGAGAACGACGGCGCUCCGCGCUGCAAGAAGCAGAGAACAGAGGAGACGAAGGUGCAGAAACUGAAGCGCAGCGUAGACGCGGCACGGCAGGUGGUGCAGCAGCUGCAGAAGGUGGUUCCUCUGGCGGUGGAGGCCCUGAACCGCCAGCUGGAUACGUCGAACGAGCAGCUGCGCCAGAUGGAGGAGGCGGUGCAGGAGCAGGUACGGCGGGAGGCGGCCGGCGAUGAUGGAGCCCCGCAGGACCUCGCGGACGACCACCUGCAGCUGGCGGUGCAGGUCGACGACAGCCUGCGCCUGCUCACCACCGCCGAGUGCAGCGUCUUAUUGGCCGAGGAAGACGGAGCCACCUGGAGGACCCCCUUGCAGCUGGGAGGUGUCGGUGACAUUUUUCGUGCUCUGUUGCUGCAGCUGCGGGCGAAUGGCGAAUUGGUGAAGGUCCCUGACGUGGCGGCGCCUGCCACACAAACUGCAACUCCAUACGUGGGACCGCCGAGAAUUGACACAUUUACAGCGCCAGUCCUUUCUAUAGCUGAGAACGAUCUUGAUAAUGGCCGACUUAAGGUGAAUGACAUCCUCCAAAACUGCAAGCGAUGGCAAAGCGCACGCUGCAUAAAGAACUUAAAGGGCGAUGGCUCGGAGACACUGCUGCGUGUCUUGGCGCCACAACUCGAGGAGCUGGAAAUCGUGGGUGACGUUAAGCCAAUAGUCAUGGAAGAGGUGGAAAAGAUGUCAUCACUCAAGCGACUAAAAGUUAAAUGUGAUCCUCUAUUCAGAGGAGACUACCCGGACCUGCCGGUGGAGCUAGAGGAACUUUCAAUAGAUUUAUCAAGCGAGAAGCAGCUGCGCUGUGUGCAGCGUAUGACGAGGUUGCGUUGCCUGGCGGUUUAUAAUUACCAUGGUCCAAAUUUGGUUAUGGUCCCCUCUCAGCAUGGAGGGCUGUUGUGGUUGCUUGUUGCCUUCCAGAUUGAUUUCAAAGAGACCAUGCUGUCCUUGAUCCGUGCUCAUGCUUCGUCACUGCUCGAGCUCAAACUAGGCUGUGCCACCACUGAUCAGGACCCCCGAAACCGGAGAUUCUACUUCCCCGACCUAGGCCAGGACCUGGCGGCGUGCGGCAUGCGGUCCCUUCGACGGCUCCGCCUUGCACGCAAUACGGCUUCCUGCAUCGAUGUAGCUGCAUGCCUGAUUCAGCGACGGACAAUUCUGGAAUUCUUACCGUCCGUCCUCGUGGAGUGCAACAGGUGUGUCUAAUCUGUGUUCUGGGACAAAUCGCACGGUAUGACCACAGGCGUUAUCACAUGCCAGGGCGCGAGGCUCUCCAUGUGCCUCCUUUCUUCGUUACUUGGUGUUUUAUACAUCCGGCAGUAAAAUGCCUUCGCUGAAUUCAAACGUGGUCAUAAUGAAUAUUGUGAAAAGAUUCUUUCAAUGCAGGAUUUUUAGAAAUAAUAAGUUUUGUUUAUUUUUUAAAACUAAAAUUACGAAAGUAAAAUAAAAAGUACACUUUGCAUGCA